UGAAAGUAUCACUGCUGUUUGUCAGGUCGGUGCGUUGACAUCUUUUAAAAUGAGUUCCAGAGUGUCAGGUGAUCUGGAGGAGGAAGAGGAGGAAGAAGAAGAAGAGGAGAGCGUCAACCCGUCGGAGGUGAAGAUGAGUCAGAUAGUGAUGCCCUGUCACAGCAACCAUCGACAGGAGCUGAGCGUGGGACAGCUGCUCAAAUGGAUGGACUCCACCGCCUGCCUCUCUGCUGAAAGGCAUGCUGGGUCUCCCUGCGUCACUGCAUCCAUGGAUGACAUCCACUUUGAACACACCAUCAGUGUGGGUCAGGUGGUGAACAUCAAGGCAAAGGUCAACAGAGCCUUUAACACCAGUAUGGAGGUGGGCAUACAGGUGAGCUGUGAGGACCUGUUCGCUGAUCGUCACUGGAGGGUCUGUCAUGCCUACGCCACCUUUGUCACCCAGCGCAAAGACGAUGGAAAAAAGGUAAUAUUGAAGCCCAUCGUACCUCACACUCAGAAAGAGCAGGUGGAAUACAGUGUGGCCGCUGAGAGACGGAGGGUCAGGAUGGUGCACGAUGACAUCAUCAGUGAGCUGCUCUCUCACGGGUCCAUCCAGCAGGCUGACAACGCUGCCGUAGGCAAUGCAGUGGCAGCAGAGAGGACCAAGGUAGAAAGUGUUGAACUGGUUCUACCCCCACAUGCUAACCAUCAGGUGAACACAUUUGGAGGACAGAUCAUGGCCUGGAUGGUGAAUGUUGCUACGAUUGCUGCCAGCCGUCUGUGUCAGGCUCACCCGACGCUCCGGGCCAUCGACAUGUUUACCUUCAGAGGGCCGUCUCAGGUCGGAGACAGACUUCUUCUGAGAGCUAUAGUCAACAACGCCUUCAAAAACAGCAUAGAGGUGGGCGUGAGAGCAGAGGCCUACCAGGAGGAAGGACCAAACCGACACAUAAACUCUGCCUUCAUGACCUUUGAGGUGCUUGAUAACCACGGGAAGCCGUGCACAUUACCACGGAUACGACCUGAACCAGUGGAAGGGGAGAGGAGGUUCCAAGAGGCUAUAGCCAGGAAGAAGAUCAGACUAGACAGAAAAUACAUAAUUUCCCGGAAACAGGGCGAGGUACCUCUGUCUGUACCAUGGGACCCCACAAACCAGGUGUAUCUGAGCUACAACAAUGUUUCAGCUCUGAAGAUGUUGGCUGCCAGAAACAACUGGCGCCUCAGCUCUGAGAAAGACAAGGUUCGUCUUUACACGCUGGAGCAGAAGACCAUGUUGAGUUUCAGGGUGGAAGCGGAGGUGGAUGUUCCUCCUCACAGAGCCUUUUGUCUGCUGGCUGAGCUGAGCAACCGACCAAGCUGGGACACGCAUUAUCAGAAAUGUGAGCUGAUUUACCGGGUGGACGAUGAUGACUUCUUGUACCGUGUGGUGACCCCGUCAGUGAAUAGUGGUGGAAUGGGAUCCCCCACUUCAGCCAAUCCAGGAGAACGGAUCCUCCAGGACUUCAUUCUAUUGGCCUCCAAGAGGAAACCAUGCAGCAAUGGAGAUCCAUACGUCAUCGCUCUGCGCUCAGUGUCGCUGCCCACUCACCCCACCACUGAGGGGUAUAACAGAGGAGAGGUUCUAUGUGCUGGAUUCACCAUAUUAGAGACUAAAAACAACAUGUCACUGAUCUGUUAUUAUAACCAGGCAUCUCCAGAGGUUCUUCCCUACAUCUCCACAGACAUCGCCGGCCUCUCCUCCUCUUUCUACCACACCUUCUGCUCCUGUAGGCAGUACCUGACCAAGAACAGACUGCAGUCAGACUCCGAGGAGCUUACAGGCCAGAGCCAGGCAGCUCAUACUGACAGCCCCACCUGCGAACAUGAAGCUGACAGGCUGUCAGUGGUUCUCCAAAGCACACACAUGUAGAGAGUUGGGCCAGUUUACAUCACAAAAGUGUACUUAAUCUGCUGUUUAUACGGGACGGUACGAUGGACUGUUGUAACUUUCACAGUGAGAAAGAAUUACAUUUUUCAGAUAUUUCCUAACGUUAGAACUUUUCUUAAUUUACAGAUGGUAGAAUAGAAAUUCUAAUAAGUCAAAAGUUUUAAAUAUGAGAAUAUCAGAAAGUUAGGAAAGAAGAAAACAUGCCUUUACACAAAUAACGCACAGCUUAAUAUGAAACCAGAAUCAUAUGUAAAGACAUACAGUAGACCUGAUCUCAUUCAGUGUUCAGUUUGAACACAAAUAAAGAAUUAUGUACUGUCAGCAAUGGUCAGUUAACAGAAAUUCUUUUUAUUUUUGUAAAUCUUUGGUGAAUGUUUAUUGAUAAAGUCACAGACAUCACAACUAGUCUUUAAGCCAAUUGUUGUGCUAACAAGCAGCCAGUCAAACCAUACCACAUACUUUCUCUUAUUCAAAGCAGAGUAUUUAUAUAUAUCUUUGAACAUGCCUAGAGAGGGUCUUUAAUCUAACAGAGUGUGAGGUUUACAGGGAAUGUGGGGUUCUUUUUUGAAAAACACUAAUAGCUUGAAGUGGUGCAAGAUUUGUCUCUAUUUGCUCAUUGCUGUUUGCUCAAGGUAACAUCUUUCUUUUGGUAAAACCAUGGAUGUUUCAUUAUAUGACUAAACUUGACUAAAAAUAAAAUGUUUUGAACAG